AGAUUCACAAAAGAGAUGUGCUCUUGAGGUUUGUCCUUUGUGAGGCUCUUUUUUUUUUAGAAAAAGCUUACCCCGGAAUUUUAUUAAUCAAGGAAGAGAAAAAACCUCAUUUCCAUGGCUUACAAGAAAUGAGGGGGGGCAUGAACCUGACCUCGACAACAAGAAGAAAAACACAUGCAACAAAAGCACAAUCAUCCACACAACAACGAGCAGAAAACCCACAAGAAGCCUAAUUUGUGAGGCUUAUUUCACUUUGAAGUAGUAGAAAAGGCGGAUUCGCCAUGCACGAAGUCUGCUAUAUAUAUAACUUGGAGCGAUCAAUAAUGAUCAACCAGGGAGACGCAUACACAUAUACUAUUUAAUUCAGCGUAGCUGCACAUGUCGAAAGCAAGAGAUUUUCUUAAUGAGGUGGGGGGAAUCUUUCGCAACCACGUUGAGAUCGACAAAAAUCAACUUGUACCGGGUCAGCAUAUAUAUGUUGAUAGGGCUGGAGGCGUCUACACUCAUCAUGGAAUAUACGUGGGCAGAGAUUCAAACAAGAGUCACGUUCAAUACGUGAUCCACUUCCUCAGCACCCCAAAAAAUGGCUCAUCAACUAACUCGCAGAGGUGCGAAGAUUGUAAAUACGGGAAGAACGCCAAUGGUGGAGUUGUGAGGACCUGCCUGAAUUGCUUCAUGAGCUGUCCACUGGGAGGAACAAAGUUGUAUCUAUACCAAUAUGAUGUUUCUUUGAUAGACAAGCACAUGGGUGUUCCAGGGAGUUGCAGCUCUGCACCGGCGAAGCCACUCGAAGAAAUUGUGAAGACUGCCUAUGAAAAGCUAAACCAGGCAAAACCUAGAGAAUACAACCUUUUAACAUAUAAUUGUGAAACGUUCGCGACAGAAUGUUCCACUGGCAAAGGAGAGAGUGGACAGGUGGUGGAUAAUGCUACAAGAAUGGUUAUUCCUCCUACUAGUUUUGUAGGAGCUGGAAUAGCCGUUGGCUACACUGUCUAUAAGACUAUAACCACUGCUCAAAGAUGGAAGAAGAAGUAAGAGAGAAAAAAAUUCAACAAACUAAUGCAAUGCUGAGCAUCUCUGUGUCUUCCUGUAAUAUUCAAUCAUAGUCUACGUGGUUGAAAGUUCUAAACUAUUACAUUACAUGUGUGUGUGUAUAUAUAUAUAUUCUAUGAGAGUGAGGUUUGGAAUUAUUAUACGCCAAUAUAUAUAUGUUUGUAUAUAUAUGUUGUGUAAUACAUCAAGUGUUGAAUAAAUGAUUACAUGCUAGCUAUGUGUGCUGGGUUUUAGUAGGAAA